AUGGUUCAUCGGUGCCUUCUUGUUCCCGAGCUCUUUAGCUUGGUUUGCGACGUCUUGAGGCAUGACUGCAAAAUGCGGCUACGUCAACGGUCGGCGACUUUGGCAUCCCUUGCUCUCACAUGUCGUGCUUUCGAAGGGCCAGCUCUCGACGUCCUUUGGCGUGAGAUUGAUGGAUUGCGUCCGCUUCUCUGCACGAUGCCGUCCGACCUGUUUGAGAUGAAGGCAAAGGAUUGGUCCCGCCAGGUUCACAUAUUGUGUUUGCGCAGGCCGAUCUUACUCUCUGACUUGACAAGAUUGCCAUCUUAUGCCCAACGAAUACGCAAACUUCGUGUGGACUCAACGCCUUCUGUUGACAUUGGGGCUCUGCAAGCCCUAGGCAUGGCAACAUUGCAUAUGAGGCCCCUCCUUCCAAAUCUUGAAGACCUUAUGUGGGGUUAUGGAUACCUUGCCAAAGAAGUGGAAUGGUCGAUGUUUCAGUGCAUCUAUCUCUUCUUCUCUCCCAAACUCACCAGAUUAUCCGUCUUUCUAUCCAAUAUAUUUGACCAUGCAUGUCCCCCCUCCAUCCUUUCUGGUCUUAUUAACUCUUGCCCAGCCCUGAAAGAAUUGACUUUCUAUAUCCAAUCCUCCAACUCCGAUGAAGAAAAUCGACGGGGUAUUUCUUCUGCCAUUUGCCAAUGGAACUGCCUUCAGUCUCUAACGGUCAAUGGAUUGACGCAAGAGGCUCUCGAGCAUCUCGCAACAAUCCCAUCCCUCCAAACACUUUCUCUUAACUCCCUGCAAGAUGUGACACGCGCUGACAAUCAACACUUGCCGAUCGUUACGCGCAUCCCCACUAGUGGUUACCCUGCCCUUCAAAGUUUAUCAAUCUCUUGUAGGACGAUCAAUGCUGUGAUUGCUUUUGUGCAGCUCCUAUCCUCUAGUCCCCUCGAGGAUCUCGAAAUUCAGGUUGGGGAUCUUUGUUAUCUUCGCCAGUGGAGGGAACUCUUCAGUAGCAUCAGUCGCCAUAUUUGCCAUCCGUCAUUGGAAGCACUUACUUUGCAGGAGUCGGGCAAUGCCUUGGAACCCCCAGAAGCACUCAUUUCUGACAUUGGACUCGAGGCUUUGUCUGUGUUCACAAAUCUUCAAACCGUUGAUAUCCAGCCUGCUUUUGGCAUUCAACUUACGAGUGACACAGUGAACAGAUUAGCUGAUGCCUGGCCCAACAUACGUAGCCUCGAACUUGGCAAUAUGUCUCCAUGGCCAAGAUCAUCAAUCAUAAAAACGGAGGACCUCAUUCCCUUUGCACAACGUUGCUCUAAGCUCUCGUACCUAGGCAUCGUUUUUGACGCUCAAAAUACCCAGCUGAGGUUAAGUCCUGGUUUCUUCAACAAUAAUUUGACCAGCCUAUCUGUCGCAGACUCUCCCAUCAAUGCCCCACCCAAAGUUGCCGCUUUUCUUUCCGAUAUUUUCCCCAGAAUCGAAUCGAUCACUUUUGCGGAUGAUUGGCGGGACUCGACAGAUGGCGAUCCUGAGAACGCAACAGAAACCGCAAGAAUGUGGGAUGAGGCGGAAUGCCUGCUUGAAACAUUUGCCAUGUCGCGGACAAACAAAGACAACAAUUUUGGUGAUUUGUUUGAAAGUCCGGUUCGGUCCGGUUUUUUGAUGCCCAGGGGCGUUAACCGUAACCGUAACCGGUCUGCCUUUUCCCCAGAAGUCAAAAGACCAGACCGGACCGCAAAAAGACCGCAGACUGCGGUUUUUUGCGGUCUAUAG